AUGCGCGCGCCGGAAAUGCGGUACCUCGUUGCCAGGGCAGCAUCAAAUCCAUCAGAGUUGAAAGGAUUCUUAUCAUUCCAAAUGUUGCACGAGGAAACGAUGGAUGAUGAUGUCAUGGCGCAAGCCGCUUAUUGUUUCGAAGUUCAGCUUGUUUUCAGUGCACGGGGACGUGGGCUUGGUGAAUUCUUAAUGCGAUUACUCGAACGUAUCGGCAGCUAUUGGCAUAUGGAUAAAGUCAUGCUGACCGUAUUCAAAGCAAACAAGGGCGCAUUUCGACUUUAUACUGAAAAAUUAGGGUUCACGUUGGAUGAGAUAUCACCAGGCGCAUGUCUUUCGGCAUUACGGGCCCGUCGAUUCGAUUAUGAAAUUCUCAGCAAGCCGUGUAACCACCAAAUUGAAAAUGGAAGUGUGUUGUGUAAACAAUGA